AGUCGGCCGGCAGCCGCCGCGGGACGUUGAGCUCGCAACAGUCGCGUCCCAACUGUACACAGUACACUGUUUAUUUACAAUUAAACCGUCACAUUCAAACCCCCCCAGCAAAAGGACACCACUACGCCAACGCACUCACGCACCUUAUCGGAUGGCGGAAGAUGCGUCAGCGGAGUGCCUCUUCGAGAGACUCCGUGCGUUCCAGCUGCGCGCCCCCGACGCCACGGAGGCGGCUCGCAGUAUCACAUCGCGUAUCAACUCCCGCCUCACCUCCCACGACAAACAUGUUCGCCAAACAACAUUGGACAAACUAUGGAACAAGCAGUCGGGUUCCGUACAGACCCUCAUCUCGAUUUUAGAAAAUACCAGAGAUACACCCACAUCUACUUAUAUUACAUCGAUAUUAAGAGAAACCUUAUGUCUGAAACAAGGAAAGGGAAAGAAAAAUUCAGUCGCAAUAGAAAUACAAGAAAUAAAGAAGCAAUAAAUUAAAAAGAACGGAAAAGAAAAUAAACCACCAUUUGUAAAAAGGGUAAAUAAUACCGCCCGACAACAAUGUUCGCAAAAUUUCAUUGCCAUGAAUGGGACUCAAGUAAUGCUCCGAACGUUGGUCACCACUCAUGCCAAACGUGACAGCAACGUGGGCACCGAGCUCAUGCUUCAGGAUCUGGUAUGGAUUAUUGCGACGCUAGCACCUAAAGAUCCCAAGUUCGCUAUAAAAGCUAAAUUAGUAGGAUGUGUGAGGACAAUGCAUCUUAUAUUCAAAGGGCAUUACACUGACAACAAACUGAUUUUUCCACUCCUCGUAAUUAUAAAACAACUUGCGAAAAAUGUGGUAACAACGUCUAUUCUGAUUCGGGACGGCGUUACCGCUACGUAUGAGCGAGUGCUGGUGAGCCUCGGCUACAUCCCCACCGCGAGGCUUCGUCUUUGUCUCGACGCCAUCGACUACUUCAGCAGAAACAAAGUCUGCUGCAUGCACAUCGUCAAAACAGGCUUAUGUGCAGUCCUUCUCAGGGUGUUCGACCGUUGGGACCGCUACGAGGGACGUAUGAGGCUCAAGAUUUGCGCACAUAUUUUGCAGACACUUCAACAUCUUUGCAAUAUUAGAACGGGUCGUCGAGCUCUGUGUACGAAAAAGCACGUACAAAUACUCCACCGAUUCUGUUCACAAUGUCCUGACGAACCGGAAUUCGAUAGUCUUCUAGCACGAGUAUGUUCUGUCAUCACACUUUGUUUGAAACAUCAAGCUUUGCCUGUUCCAGCUUCUAGCCCUGCCACUUUUAACCUGAACCCAAUAAUAAAAGGAACAAAUACAUCAUGGCCAUGCCACGAGGAUGAAGAAGAUGCUGCAAACUCUGAUGCAAAAACAAUUAACUCCGAUUUAGAUGACGAUGAGACUAAUUCGGAUAUAGAUGGAAUGGAUGAUUUUCCAGAUAUCGAUGUAGAUGACAAUGAAAGAAGGAAUGAGACAGAAAAAAGACACAUUAAAAGCGGUGAAAGUAUACAAAACGCUCUUUGGAUUAAUUCAAAUGAGAGAGAUAUAGAAGACUUGAAAAGAUACGCUAUUUAUUUUAAGGAAUUUGGAUCUUAUAAUAAACAAAUAAAACUAGUUAAGAGUCGCUCUAGUUCAAAGGGAUUUAUACUUGAAGACUAUUUGAACCAAUCUAGUAAUAGUAAAAACAUACCUACAUCUCUAAGUCACUCACUUUGUGCUCUUUUAACUAAUGCGGAAUAUGAACGUAUUUCGGACUCGACAUAUACAACGUCCGUAUUUCAGAGCGGCAAUAGUAGUUCCAUAACGUCUUGCUCGCAUUUGAAACUUCAUAAAGAUAUCCCAAAGUACAGCUUAUUCCAAUCAGUUUAUUGUUCGAUCGCGUCAAGAGUACGAAGCGUGAUACCAUUUGUCAAAGUUGCUUAUCCUGAUUUAAUGGGAGGAAAAUGUCUAAAUUAUCCAGAACCACUGAAUAAAAUGGAAAGAACAGCUUGCCGGAGCAAAUUACUAUCGUCUGUGGAUAAAGCUAUUAAUCCAGAAGCAUAUUUAAACGAAGUUGUGUAUGAUUUAGAUCAAUUAUGUAACAGUAUGGCUUCAGAUAAUUCGUCACAAAAAAGUACGGAUAACUUUCUUCUGACAAACACAGAUGAGCAAGACAUUUCAAAAAUUAACACAUUUCCAUCUCGUUUGAACUUUGAGUCGAGGUUUGAAUCUGGAAAUCUCAGAAAAGCAAUUCAGGUAGGUCCAAGAGAAUACGAGCUGAUUCUAAUGCCAGAUGUGAAUUCGUCUAAAAGACACCAAUGGUUUUAUUUCGAAGUACGCAACAUGCAGCAGGGACGUCCUUAUAUAUUUAAUAUUGUAAAUUGUGAGAAAUCAGACAGUCAAUUCAAUUUCGGUAUGAAGCCAGUUUUAUAUUCUGUGAAAGAAGCUAUUCUGGGAAAACCAGGAUGGGUGAGAGCAGGCUCGGAAAUUUGCUACUACCGCAACAGCUACCACUACGCGAACCAGAAGAACCACAACAAGUGCUAUCUCACAGUUACCUUCAACAUCGAUUUCCCUCAUACGAACGACGUGUGCUACAUCGCUUACCACUACCCCUUCACUUAUUCUAUGCUAAUGACCCGCAUUUUCCAGUGGAUUUCGCACCUGCCUCCUGGAACAUACCUACGAGCUGAAAACCUUUGUUACUCUUUGAAUAACAACGAAGUGCCCUUACUGACUAUAACCGCAGACGACAAUGCUUCUAACCCAAUUGUGGAUCGUGACACAAUAUUCCUAACGGCGCGUGUGCACCCUGGCGAAAGCAACGCGUCUUGGGUAAUGGACGGCACUCUGGGCUGCUUGUUGAGCGACUCCGCAUCUGCGGCUGCACUUCGAGCCAAAUACGUGUUCAAAAUCGUGCCAAUGCUUAACGUCGAAGGUGUAAUCAACGGUUGCUAUCGAUGCGGCUUAACUAAUGAAGAUUUAAAUCGUCGUUGGUGCAAGCCGAGUCCUGUUUUACAUCCUUCAAUCUACCACACGAAGGGCCUCAUAGAAUAUCUAGUACGAGUUUGGAAGAAACCGCCGUUAGUAUUUUGUGAUUAUCACGGUCACUCGCGCAAGAAGAAUGUGUUCUUCUAUGGAUGCGCGAGCGCGGAGAGUUGGUGCAGCAGCGACCGGCUCGCGCCCGACGAACCCGUUAAAUACCUAAUGUUGCCAGCUUUAAUGCACCGCAUAUCGGACGCGUUCGCGCUCGGAUCGUGCUCUUUCCGCGUGGAACGUGAGCGUGAAAGCACGGCGCGAGUCACCGUGUGGCGCCACCUCGCCGUUGCGCGCUCCUACACCAUGGAGGCCUCCUUCUGUGGCUUUGACCAGGGACCAUACAAGGGCUUCCAUCUGAACACACAACACCUACAGAACGUGGGCGGUGAUCUGUGCGAGGCUCUCGGGGGCCUGAGCGAUGGCGCCAGCGUUGAUAUACAACUGACUAAAGACCUCAAUGGAAACAUGAUUGAAGUAAAUUGGGAUAACACUAGGGGUAUAAGAGUAAAAGCAGUGGACAGUGAACCGGGAUCUGGUUCGGACAGCGUACUCAAAACAGAUUCCGACGAAGACUUUGAUUAAUUUUGUAAAAGCUGUAUUAUGAAUGAAUAUAUUUUUGAGCUUGUGGACUUAUC